UCCAUGAUUUACGGCAGAAGGGGGGGAGACGGGAUUUAAGAGAGUUUAGCAUCUGGGAGCCGCAGGGUCGUCGAUUCGGGCGAAGCUUCAAAUCUCCGGCGCCCAAUUUGGUGAGGUACAUACUCCUGCCUGCCGCUGAGCUUCGCUGGCUGCACUGACAGCCUCCGUCAUUUCAGCUUCUUUAGCGGCACCAAGUAGGAUGCCAGCUUAGUGAUGGGCGAUUUUCUGGAGCAUGACUCAUUUAUCAGAAGGAUAUUGCUCCGAACGAGGCAUAGUCGCUACAUUUAUUAAGAUAUUGAGGCCUAUAUUGACGAAUUUUCAUUUCAUGCAUUUGAAAAAUUAUUUCUCUAAAGAGAAGCUUUUGAGAAGGAAGAUCAAGAGAAAUUGCAUUUAGCCUGAAGAACAGGCAAACAGGUUUUGUUGGCAACAUUAUUAUUGAGGGAAUAGGAAUAAGAUGAAGUUCCAUAUUGAGGAGGUGGUUGUGUACUUCCCUUAUGAUUACAUCUACCCUGAGCAGUAUGAGUACAUGGUGGAGCUAAAGCGAGCUUUGGAUGCUCGAGGCCAUUGCUUGUUGGAGAUGCCGACUGGUACUGGCAAGACUAUUGCCCUUCUAUCCCUCAUUACUUCAUAUGCUCUUGCACACCCUUCCUCUCCCCUUAAGCUCAUCUACUGCACUCGUACAGUUCAUGAGAUGGAAAAGACUCUUGCUGAGCUUCGAGUUUUGUACUCCUAUCUACCCCCCUCUUCCUCUCUUCUUGCUCUUGGUUUGUCCUCUCGCAAGAAUCUUUGUAUCAACCCUGAUGUUCUCUCAGCUUCCUCUCGUGACUCAGUUGACUCUGCAUGUCGUCGCCUUACUGCUAGUUGGGUUCGUGCACUUGCUGCUGAUAGGGAGGAAUAUAACGAUAGAAACUCAUUGCAACGCUCAGGUGCUAUCUCUACUUGCCCUUUCUUCGAGUCUUAUGAUAGGGCCUCUCGUGAUGCCAUCCUCCUUCCCUCAGGAGUUUAUACUCUUGAGGACCUCCGUGCAUUUGGUCGUGAUCGGAAAUGGUGCCCUUACUUUCUUGCUCGCAAUAUGGUUCGAUAUGCCAAUAUUAUUGUUUAUAGCUACCAAUACUUGCUUGAUCCUAAGGUUGCCAACAUCAUCUCCAAAGAGAUGCAAAGGGAGUGUGUUGUUGUUUUUGAUGAGGCUCACAACAUUGACAAUGUCUGCAUUGAGGCUCUUAGUGUAAGCAUUCGAAAACAAACGCUUGAUGGGGCCACUAGGAACCUCAGCCGCAUUGCUCAAGAGAUUGACAGGUUCAAGGCCACAGAUGCUGGUCGGUUACGGGAAGAAUACAAUAGGCUGGUUGAAGGUUUGGCACAACGAGGAAACCUUCCUAUGACUGAUACUUGGCUCGCAAAUCCUGCCUUGCCUGAUGAUAUUUUAAGGGAAGCAGUGCCCGGAAAUAUCCGAAAAGCUGAGCAUUUUUUAGCUGUUUUAAGAAGGCUGGUGCAAUAUUUAAAAGGGCGUUUGCAAGUUGAGAGUGUGGAGACAGAAGUACCUGUUGCUUUUGUUGCUUCAAUAAAUGGACAAGCUGGAAUUGAUCAGAAAAUGCUAAGAUUCUGCUACGAUAGGCUGCAUUCCCUAAUGCUUACUCUUGAAAUAACUGACACAGAUGAGUUUCUGCACAUUCAAACUGUUUGUGAUUUCGCAACAUUGGUUGGUACAUAUACCAGGGGGUUUUCUAUAAUCAUUGAACCUUUUGAUGAGAGAAUGCCCCACAUACCAGAUCCUGUUUUACAGCUUAGCUGUCAUGAUGCAUCACUUGCCAUAAAACCUGUAUUUGAUCGUUUCCAGUCUGUGAUAAUAACAUCUGGGACCUUAAGCCCUAUCGAUCUAUAUCCCCGUCUUUUGAAUUUUAACCCCGUCAUAAGUCGGAGUUUUACAAUGUCCUUGACCAGGGAUUGUAUAUGUCCAAUGGUUCUAACACGUGGGAGUGAUCAGUUGCCUGUGAGUACGAAGUUUGACAUGCGCAGUGAUCCUGGUGUUGUGAGGAACUAUGGACGGCUCCUAUUGGAAAUGGUUGCUGCCGUCCCAGAUGGCAUUGUUUGCUUCUUUGUUAGUUACUCCUAUAUGGAUGGCAUUGUAAACAGUUGGAAUGAGAUGGGCAUCUUACAGGAUAUCAUGCAGCAUAAGCUUGUAUUUAUUGAAACCCAGGAUGUAGUAGAGACUACUUUGGCCCUUGACAACUACCGAAGGGCAUGUGAUUGUGGUAGAGGUGCUGUUUUCUUUUCAGUUGCCAGGGGUAAAGUGGCUGAAGGCAUCGACUUUGAUAGACAUUAUGGCAGACUUGUGAUCAUGUUUGGUGUCCCUUUCCAGUAUACUCUUAGCAGAAUCCUGAUUGCUCGAUUAGAGUAUUUGCGUGACACAUUUCAAAUUAAGGAGGGUGAUUUCCUGACGUUUGAUGCCUUGAGGCAAGCCGCUCAAUGUGUAGGCCGUGUAAUUCGCUCAAAAGCAGACUAUGGAAUGAUGAUAUUUGCUGAUAAAAGAUAUAGCCGGCAUGACAAGCGUUCAAAAUUACCGAGUUGGAUUUUGUCACAUCUGCGUGAUGCACACCUCAACCUCAGCACAGACAUGGCUCUGCACAUCGCACGUGAGUUCUUGAGGAGAAUGGCGCAGCCUUAUGACAAGGCAGGUGGCGGCGGCAAGAAGACCCUUUUAUCGCAAGACGAUCUGGAGAAAAUGGUCCCCAGCACUAUGGACAUGUUCUGAAAAAAUCAUCAUAUAUUCCGUCGAAGAUCAUAGCAGGAAAUGGUUUGUUUAUCGAAUAAAUGCUGUUAUAACUUGCUUUUUUUUUCUUUUUUUAUUUCCCAGCAUUUUUUUAUCAUUUUUAG